GUUCCGCUGUCUCUCGCGGAGUGUAAUAAAUACAUUAAACACAUUAGCGACAUUGUAGGAAAGAGGGAUUCGAUCGUUGCUUAUGUUAAAAUGAUAGCGAUACGCAGUAAUUACAGAUGAAAUCGGAGGAAUCUGUUUUACUUGCUGAGCGGUUUAUUAGUCGAGCAAGCAAGGGCUUUAAUUCUGGUGGAGGUCCUUAUUUUUUGCAGGCGGACGAAAGGGCCCCUAUAUAUUUAGCGUGAAAAUGGAUUUAGUUCUCUCUCCUUUAAUCAUCUUGUAUUACGUGAUCCAAAUAAAUGUCUGCAGCACAAUAAUAUUAUGCCAUAGCAUGUAAUGAAUAGGCUACGUUUUUAAAGGAUCUUUUUUGCUGGUGGUUUACAAAGCACAAAAGAGGUCUUGCUAGACAUGAGGGCCGCACGAGGGGAGCUGGGGUGGCUUACAUCCCCUUAUAACGACGGGUGGGAGAUCACCCAGCGGGUGGUGAACGGCUCCCAGCUCUACACCUACUCGGUGUGCAAGGUGGAGGGGGGCGAGCAGGACAACUGGCUGCGCACCACCUUCAUCCAGCGGCCGGCGGCGGCCGCCCGCGUCUCCGUGGAGAUGGGCUUCGUGGUGCGCGACUGCGGCUCCUUCGACGGCGCCUCGCUCACCUGCAAGGAGACCUUCAACCUGCACUACGCCGAGGCCGACGCCGACGUGGGCACCAGCUUCCACAAGACGCAGUUCCGCAAGGUGGCCACCAUCGCGCCCGACGAGGUGACGGCCGACGCAGAGCUGCGGGUCAACGCCGAGACGCGGACAGUGGGCCCGCUGGCGCAGAAGGGCUUCUACCUGGCCUUCCAGGACAUCGGCGCCUGCGUGGCGCUCCUCUCCGUGCGCGUGUACUACAAGGUGUGCCCCGCCACCGUGCAGAGCCUGGCCGCCUUCCCCGAGACCGCGGCCGGGGGCGGGGCCGGGGUGGGCGGAGUGGGCGGCGGCGGCGGCGGCGGCGGCGCGGGCGGCGUGGAGAGCCAGGCCCUGCGCGAGGUCGCCGGGGCGUGCGUGGAGAACGCCGUCAGCCAGGACAGGCCGCGCAUCUACUGCACCGUGGACGGCGAGUGGGUGGUGCCCGUGGGCCAGUGCCAGUGCAAACCCGGGUUCGAGGCGGUCGGCGAUGCUUGCCAAGAAUGCCAGCCCGGAUUCUUCAAGGAGUCCGUGUCCACCGAGCCGUGCCAGCCUUGCCCGGAGAACACGGAGCAGUCUGCGCCCGGGGCCCUGUCCUGCCAGUGCAAAACGGGCUUCUAUCGCGCCCCUGAGGACCCCCAAACUGCAGCGUGCUCAGCUCCGCCCUCGGCCCCGCUCAACCUCGUCGCCAUAACGACCCAGGCGUCUGCCGGACGGCUGCAGCUGUCGUGGAGCCCGCCCUCGGACGCGGGCGGGCGCGGCGACAUCACGUACAGCGUGGCGUGCGAGCGCUGCGAGUGGGCGGUCUGCCUGCCCUGCGGGGACAAGGUGCGCUUCGAACCCGGGCCGUCCGGCCUGCUGCACCCCAAGGUGGGGGUGAGCGAGCUGGAGCCGCUCCUCAACUACACCUUCACCGUGGAGGCGCACAACGGGGUGUCUCAGUUCAGCGCCCGGAGGUCCGCCGCCAGCGUCACCACAGCCUUACACUACACAGAUCCCCCCAAGGUGACGUCCAUGCAUGUGGACAAGCGGGGAUCCACCAGCCUGGCGCUGUCCUGGACCGUAUCCCAGAGGGCUUUGCCACGAAACACACGCUACGAGCUCAUGUAUCGCAAGAAGGAGAAGGACAGCGAGAAGGAAAUCACCACGUACACGGUGCUGGUCCUGGACAAGAACUCGGUCCAGAUCAUGGACCUGGUGCCGGCUACCGCCUACCUGUUCCGGGUUCAGGCCCUGAACCCCGGGGGAGGGGGGGGCACGUACAGCGAGGAGUUCAGGUUCGAGACUCUGGAAGUGGAGGACACGCCUCAGGGGAACACAGCGGUGAUCGUGGGCGCGGCGGCAGGGGGAGGAGCCAUGCUGUUCCUGGUUGUGGUGGUCCUGCUGAUACGCAAACGGAGGAGGAAUCCCACAGCCAGGCAAGGCCCUGAGGACACGUACUUCUCCAGCUCGGAGCAACUGAAGCCCCUGAAGACUUACGUGGACCCCCACACGUAUGAGGACCCCAACAUGGCCGUCCUCAAAUUUGCCAGUGAGAUUCACCCCAGCCACAUCGCCAAGCAGAAGGUUAUCGGAGCAGGCGAGUUCGGGGAGGUGUUCCGAGGGGUGCUGAAGGCGCCUGGGCGCAAGGAGGUGGCGGUGGCCAUCAAGACGCUGAAGCCGGGCUACACGGAGAAGCAGCGGCAGGACUUCCUGAGCGAGGCGAGCAUCAUGGGACAGUUCUGCCACCAGAACAUCAUCCGCCUGGAGGGCGUCGUCACCAAAUAUAAGCACGCCAUGAUUGUGACGGAGUACAUGGAGAAUGGGGCUUUGGAUAAGUACCUGAGGGAUCACGACGGGGAGAUGACCUCGUACCAGCUGGUGGGCAUGCUGAGGGGCAUCGCCGGCGGCAUGAAGUACCUGUCGGACAUGAGCUACGUGCACCGCGACCUGGCCGCGCGCAACAUCCUGGUCAACAGCAGCCUGGCGUGCAAGGUGUCCGACUUCGGGCUGUCCCGCGUGCUGGAGGACGACCAGGAGGGGACGUACACCACCAGCGGAGGGAAGAUCCCCAUUCGCUGGACCGCUCCGGAGGCCAUCGCGUACAGGAAGUUCACCUCGGCCAGCGACGUGUGGAGCUUCGGCAUCGUCAUGUGGGAGGUCAUGGCGUUCGGGGAGAGGCCCUACUGGGACAUGAGCAACCACGAGGUGAUGAAGGCCAUCAACGAGGCCUUCCGGCUCCCGGCGCCCAUGGACUGCCCGUCGGCGCUGUACCAGCUGAUGCUGCGGUGCUGGCUGCAGGACCGGUCCAAGCGGCCCUGCUUCAACGACAUCGUCAACCUGCUGGACAAGUUCCUGAGGAGCCCGGACUCGCUCAAGACCAUCGCCGACUUCGACCCGCGUGUGUCCAUCCGCCUUCCCAGCACCAGUGGCUCGGACGGCUCCCCCUUCAGGUCGGUGUCGGAAUGGCUGGAGUCCAUCAAGAUGAGCCAGUACAGUGAAAACUUCGCGUGUGCCGGCAUUGUGACCAUGGACCAGGUGCUACAGAUGAAGAACGAGGACAUCCGGAACAUCGGCGUGCGGCUCCCUGGGCACCUUAAGAGAAUCGCGUACAGCAUCCUGGGCCUGAAAGACCAGACCAGCACGCUCAGCGUGUUCGCUGUGUGAACCCGGCCCCGAACUGACCAGAACCAGCGUUUGCUGUGUGAACCCAAACCGGGACUGACCAGAACCAGUGUUUGCUGUGUGAACCCAAACCCGGACUGACCAGAACCAGCGUUUGUUGUGUGAGCCCAAACCCGGACUGACCAGAACCAGGCUUUCGCCGCUCAGCUGGACCCAAUGACUGAUUAAGCUACGAGCUGGACAGGACAGGAGCUGAACAGAACUGUUCAGGACCGGAUCAGGCCAAGCUUGAAUGGAGAUGACCUGCCUGCCAGCCCCACAUAGACUCUGAAGUGACUGCACACUUGAAAAAAGACUUUAUGUACUUAUUAAGAGGAUAAAAUGUUUAAAAAAUCUAUAUAUAUGUGUAUGGAUGUAUGUAUGUGUGGGCAUAUAUGUAUUUAUAUAUAUAUACCCCCACACACACACACGCACACAUGUAUAUAUGUGUAUAUGUGUGUGUGUGUGUGCAUGUGUGUAAAUUCUGUAUAUUGAAUAUGUAUAUUUUUAUUAUGCCUUUUUGUAGCAGCAAAAAAUUUUCAUGCAUUUUUUUCUUUGGUUAUUGUGUAAUGUCCGGUGCAUGCUUCUUUUUUUGCAAAGAAUAAGGAACAAAAAAAACAACUAUAAAACUCUUUUGUUUAGAAGAGCUUCUUCCAGCUCGUCUGUGGGAGUGGACUCUGAGUGCAGUGAGUGGCUGAGGGCUAGGCUAACUCAAGGCCUCGCGGCGUGCGCGCCACGUAGCUUUCCCGUGCUCCACCUGCAGGAAAAAGGGACAGGAAGUUUGACAUUUCAGCGAGACAGUGAGGCAGGCUUCUGCUCCGGGGGGCGGGGGGGGGGGCUGCCACACUGACACUGUGGGGAAAGGUCAGCGGAUAAGUUGUGGGACAUUAUGAACACGGUGUAUGUCACGGUUGAGAGUACAGCAGAAUGCCCCCCCCCCCCACUGCCCUCACCCCCC